AAUAAGUAGGUAUUGGAUUAAGGAUUUAGUUGCUUCUAUACGUUCGCACACGUCAGUCUCAGUAGUCGGCAGACGCGACGUUGUGUUCAUUACGUUUCUGCAAAAAGUUCAUACUCUUUGGUUUCUGUGAAAUUGGAGUAUGUAAUGUUAAUGAUUGUGCAAUAAUACAAAGAAUGGAUUUCGAAACGGGAGAGGCUGUACGCGACGAAGAGACUGGAGAAAUGUUAGUGCCAGCAGUCAAUUUGGAAACCGGAGAAACGGAAAUAAAUUCGUCAGCCCCCGAUGCGCAAACGAGAUGCAGAAAGUUUCGAAUCGCCAACCUCGUGCCGUCAAAACAAGAAGCGGACACAGUUAACGAAUACAUCACCUCGGACAUGAUGCCCUGCCUAAUUUUCUUAUUCUGCGCGACGUUGUUUCUGAACCCGAUCGUGAUCGCCUGUAUGGGCGCCUUUGAGAUCUGCUUGCACGUGUGGGCGCACAAGAAGAACAAGAAACUGACGAGCGCAAACAUUUGCUAUCAAAGUCCGCUCCACAUCUUCGUGUGCGAGUUCUGCGGGAAGUGCAAGGAGGAACGCGCGAAGAAGAAGAUCACGAACCUCCAGGAUAAACGGAACUACAAAUUUAUUAAAUACAGCAUCGACUGCUCUCAGGGAAUUGUUAUGUAACCCUAUACCGUAUUAAUUAGACGACGAGUACAUAAUUUUUGUUAUUCUGAACAUUUUGAUGGAUGGCAUAAUCAUCGGUGGCAAUUGAAAUUGUCUAGCAGCAGCUAUCUCAAGGUAACUUCAUUACCUAAUGGAUGUACACGUUAAUUAGUAUAUUCGUGAUUUAUAUAGUGCAUUAUUAUAUGGUUCAGGAUGCGCAAAAGUAAAUUAUAAAGAUGACUGUGUAAGAAAGAGAUUUACGAAUUGAUACUGUACGUUGCGUGCAAGUUCUUAUGGUUACUUUUAUUACUAAUUAUAUUUGUUUUAUAUACUUAUUGUGAUUAUUGCUCAGAUCUAGUUGGUUACGCAGGAUACCUUUACAUGUUGCUGUUGGAUGUGCACAAAUCGAUCAAACCCACAAUGUGUACCGACUUAGUUACAGUUAUAAGGAUUGAGAACCCUUAUUUAUAUUAAAUGAAAUUUAACCUCUACGACACUGGCAAAACUUCACUAACAAUUAAUUUUAUUUUUUGGAUUCGAUUGUUAUCAAUAAAAUGCGAUACAAAUUUG